AUCAUUGAUUCCCCUUCUUCUAUUUCAUAUUCAAAUUAUGAACGACAAAGGAAUCAUGGAAACUGAAGCUUCCAUAGCGGCGAUGGGGCUUGGCGGACUGUCCCGUCAGACCAGCAUCACUAAGAACAGCUGCAUUUGCUCACCGACCACUCACCCGGGGUCAUUCAGGUGCAAGCUUCACCGGACUCCUUCACUGCAGCGUACCAAAAGCGUUGAGACUAACAUACUUCAAAAUCUUAUGAGCAAGCCAGAUGAUUCUUCUAGUACCGGAGAUGAAGCAGCUAAAUAGUCACUAGGAAACAAGGUAGUACCGUAGUAGUUCUAUUCUCCUUUUGUCUCUACGUCUUGUGGUUUCUUACUUUCUUUCAUUGAAGUGUGUGUAAAACAUUUAAAUUUAUUUUCUUUUAAUUAAUCUCUAAUAAAUUUUGUGAUAAAAC